UGACAAUAGAAUUGAUAAAAAUAACCUCCAAAUUGUGAAAAAUACGAUUAUUUUGUUGCUCUUUUCGUAAAAUGAAUUAAUGAUUAUAUAUUGAACAAAGAUUUAAAAAAGAACGUUCAAAGGGUUAUUUACUAAUAUAGAAUUAUAAGUGCUUUAUUAAUAAAGUCUUCAAAUUAUGAAGGAAUAAAAUUUUAAGAAUGUCGUCUCGUUCAUCUAAAGUGGUCUUAGGUUUAUCAUGUGCAGUAACAUUAGGAAUAGUGGCAUAUGUGCAUGUUAAACAACAAACAGAUAGGGAAAAAAUGCAUGAAGGUGUUCUUAAAGAUAUAGAAAGACAACAAAGAAGGAAAAUUGAAAACUUAUACAUGUUAGAAAAGCAAAAUGAAUUGACUAAACAACUAAAGAAAGAACUUGGAAAUUCUUAAAUGAAAAUAGCAUAAUGUACUAGACAAGCAUAUUUAUUUAAUUACUAACUAUGUUAGAAAUACAACUAUAAAAUUAA